CAGAAAAUUAAAAAAAAGUUCAGGAUAAUAAAAUGCUGAGGGAUUAGGUGUGAGUUUGGAAAGGAAAUACUUUGUGAAGAAGGAAGAGUAAGUUUGAGAGGGGCUGCAGCCUGGAGCAGAGCGAGGGAAGGCACAGGAAGCGGAAUCACGACAGCCCGUGUGUGUGUGUGUGUGUCUGAGCGUCUGCUGCACCUUUUAGCGGGAAGCCUCUCCGGUAAAACGUCAUGCCCCCUCAGUCCAGCAAAGUGUUGUCGUUGUCCCUCCGGAGGGAGUUCCUGAGGAGUGUGCUGGGGGUGCUGAGGGUCCUGCAGCUGAUCCUGGGCACUGUGGUCUGGGUGGCCAUCGCGGUGAGCAAGUACGACGGGAGCUUGCACUAUGUGGUGUUCGUGGCUGUCCUAUUCUGGCUCACCACCUUAGCCCUCUUCUUCCUCACCCUACUGGGCAAAAGCGAGCUGGUGCCCCUGCUGGGAGCAGAACGCUGGACUCUGACAAACGCCCUGCACGAUGGACUGGCUACUGUCCUCUACCUGGUGGCUUCCUGCCUCAUUGGCAGCAAGACGCGGGAGAAGAGCUUCUGCGACCUGCCCGCCUACAGCUACCACUGUCCUUACAAGGUCUACCUGAGCGCCACUGUCUUCGUCUGCCUCUGUACCCUGCUCUACCUGAUCUCCGCUCUCUACUGCUUCUGCAAGAGGUGUCGUGGCGAGCAGUCGGUCAUUUAGCACUGGCUCUCCUCAGAGACCCUGAGCUUUGGAUUCUGUGCCAUCCCACCCCCGACCGACACAAACCAAGUGGCUAUCUUGGCUUCUGUUUUGCUCAAGCACUUGACCCGGGAGAUUUCUCAAACUGGGGACGGAGGGAAUGGAAGCAAUCCCCAGAGGAAGAGAAGAUUUAAAGAGGAAUUCAACCAAAAGGAGAAUAGGCAAUUGGAAUUUUGUUUUCUUCAGUUGAAGAGGAGAAAACUCCGUAUGGAUUAUUACCUUAAGCAACUAGUGUGUGUGUGUGUGUGUGAGAGAGAGAGAGAGCCCCAGAUGUUGGUCUGUGGAUUAGAUUAUAAAUUCUCCCCUUCUGCCCCAUCUCCCACCGAGGCUCAGAGUUAAAUGAUUCCUGACUGACAUUCCUGCAUGACAUUUGGCAAAAGGUUUAAGUUCACCCUUCCCAGCCUUCUCUCACCACUGCCCCCACCCCCUCCUCCUCCCCCUCCCCCUCCCCCCCCCCACCCCGUUCCCCCCUCCCUCAAAUGGCCUGCAACAUUCCACAGAAAUAUUGGGAGCUGAAUUAAUUUCCUUUUGACAAGCUGAAUUUGCCACUGUGUUGUAAAGCGAGAGAGAGACAGACAGACAGACUUCUAUGCGACUUGUUGGCAUGCAAAAUAUUUCUACUGUACAAGUUUUGGAACUGCUUGUGUUUAACAUUCCUUUGUUUCUGUGAGAUGAGAGGCUCUAUAAUUCUAUCCAAAGGAAAGGGUGUUACUGUCAGUGUAUUGCAGCCGCAGGGAAGCUGGCUGUUAUUUUCAAGUUUAGACCGACCAGCAAUGUAAUCACCUGUCUAAUCUGGUUGUCUGACUGUCAUAGUGCUAGCCUGGAUUUGUGGUAGCAGAUUGCAGGGUGAAAUGUUGCUAAAUAUCGCUUGUUUUAAACUCAGAUUAUAUGUCUGCGUACCUAAUUAAAGUGGUGUGGGUUGGUAGGAGCCUCAGAUACUGAGGCGCACAGGUUAGAGGCUCAUUGUUGGGAAGGGUUCCACCGUCGGGGUGGAAGUCUUCCCAACACGGGCUGCAGCCUCUGAAGGAGUCAUUGGAAUGGACUUGGGUACAAUGGAAGGGUUUCUGGGCAGAGGGAAAAGUUGGAUGGAUAGGAAUUGGAGAUAGAAACAUAGAGAAAAACCUACAACACAAUUCAGGCCCUUCGGCCCACAAAGCUGUGCCGAACAUGUCCCUACCUUAGAAAUUACUAGGCUUACCCAUAGCCCUCUAUUUUUCUAAGCUCCAUGUACCUAUCCAAAAGUCUCUUAAAAGACCCUAUCGUAUCCACCUCCGCCACUGUUACCAGCAGCCCAUUCCAUGCACUCACCACUCUCUGAGUAAAAAAACUUACCCCUGACAUCUCCUCUGUACCUACUCCCCAGCACCUUAAACCUGUGUCCUCUUGUGGCAACCAUUUCAGCCCUGGGAAAAAGCCUCUUGACUAUCCACACGAUCAAUACCUCUCAUCAUCUGAUACACCUCUAUCAGGUCCCCCCUCAUCCUCCAUCGCUCCAAGGAGGUGUGGGAAUUCAGGGAGACCUUUUUAUGGAUGUGGGUUUCAGCAUUUAUUGCCCAUCUCUAAUAGCCCCUUGAGAAGGUGGGGGGAGCCGCCUCCUUGAACCACUGCAGCCCCUCUUGGUGAAGGUGCUCCCACAGUGCUGUUGGGGAUGGAGUUCCAGGGGUUAGACCCAGUGAUGAUGAAGGAAUGAGAUAUUUCCAAGUUGGAAUGGUGUGUGACUUGGAGGGGAACAAGCAGGUGGGGUGCUUCUAUUAUGCGCCUGAAACUCUUCGAUGGUGGAGGUCAUAGUCAUAAGGCUUUGGAGGGUGUGGGUAGGUAGGUGGUUGUGUCGAAUGAGAGGGUGGGUAGGUGUAGGAUAAAGGUUUCACCAGCCUUUGGUGGGGGUUAGGAAGGUGAGGGUGAGGUGAAGGUCUUGCAUACUGUUCAUACAGGUCAAUUCAUUACACAGUGCAUUAAGGUAGUUCAAGGGAAAACAAUACGGAAUGCAGAAUAAAGUGUCACAGCUACCGAGAAAGUGCAGUGCAGGCAGACAAUAAGUUGCAGGGUCAUAAUGAGGUAGUUUGUGAGGUCAAGAGCCCAUCUUAUCGUACAAGGGCACUGGUCAAUAGUCUUAGAACAGCGGGGUAGAAGUUGUCCUUGAGCCUGGUGGUACGUGCUUUCAGGCUUUUGUAUCUUCUGCCCGAUGGGUGAGGGGAGAAGGGAGAAUGUCCGGGGUGGGUGGGGUCUUUGAUAAUGCUGGCUGCUUUACCGAGGCAGAGAGAAGUGUAGACAGAGUCCAUGGAGAAGAGGCUGGUCUCUGUGCUUUGGGGGUUUGCGUGUAGAAUAACUGAUACCCAGGGGUUGGUUAUGGGCUGGAAUAUAUUUGAAAGGAUUGGGAGUUUAUAUUUGGAAUAACAGAUACCCAGGAGUGAGUUACUAGUUGGAAUAUAAUUGAACAGUUGGACUAGGUUGUAUUUAGUACAGCAGAUAUUUGGAAGUGUGUUACAUAUUGGAAUGUAUCCAAAAUGCAUCCAUUUAAUGGAUAAAAUUGCAAUUCCAAACAACAUGCUGGGUAUGAACUAAUGGUCUCAGAAUGUGGUGUAAGAAUGAAUAUCUCUUUCAUGAAGGAACCUCCUAGCUCCAGCUGUUGAUACAGCUGUGUUCUAGCCCAGUAUCCCAACAUUACACUGGGCUUCUUUAGGAAUAGGAAAAGUCACACUUAAAUCAGUGAUCCAAGUGGUCCAACUUUCACACUCCUUGCCUCUGUCACCUGCAAUCACCAGCUCUUCCCCCUGGUUUAAUGCAGAUCAGCUCGUGUUUGUGAAGAGAAUAUCGCUCUGAUAAUGGGGUGGUGAACUUCCUCAGUCCAAGAGCAUGUGUGUAAACCACAACUUAGGGCAGGACCUUUUCCCCUCCCCUUCCAAUGGGGCAUAUAUUGGCAUACUGUGUCCAGUUCUGAGACAAAGCUGAGAUAGAGCCUUUAGAGAGGGUGGGAGGGGAAUAAGAUAAUAGCAGAGAUGUUAGUCAAGUAAGUAGACUGUAGAAGGUGAGCUGUGGUUCUCCUGGGAAAAGGGGCUCUGACGGAGGGGUUUAAAAUCAUGGAAGGGUAUGGCAUGUAAAGGGAACAUUCCCAUUGGUGGAGGGGUCAGGAACGAGGGGAUGGCGAAUGGAGGUCACUGGCAAAAGAAGCAAAAGUGACUGGAGGAAGUGCAGUUUUACCCAUUGAGUGGUCGGGCAGGUGGUCAGUGUGCGCCGAUUCACUUGUGGUUUUCGAAAGGAAACUGGUUAAGUAUUUGAAAGGAAUUUUAAAAAAAAAGGCAGGGCUCCUGGAGAGGCUGCGAGAGUGGUCUUCCAAGCUGCUGUAGACUUGAUAGGCCCAAUGGCCUCUUUCUAUCCUGUAACCAUUCUUAGCAUCAUGUAACAAGAUUACCGUAAAAACUCCUGUAGUUUGCAGGGAAGGGAAUCUGCAAACCUUACAGACACCCAGAGCCAUGUAGUUGACUCAUGAAUGGGGCCUCUCCACUUCUGGGCAAUUAUAGAUGGGCCAUAUUUGCUAACAAGGCCAAAAAUAAAUUUUUGGGAAGAAAAUUACCCCAUGGCCUCUUUCCCACCUGCUGCCCACACCCCUGGAUUACCAGAGGUCUAUCAGUACUGUGAGCAGCCACCUGAAAUCUUUGGGGCAGAGAAUUGGAAAGACUCGGCCCUAACUUGGCGACGUGCUCUAUUGCAGACCAACCAACAGGAACUAGGGUGGUUUUGUGGGGUCUUGCUCUGCGGUUGGAGCCUCAGUCAACUCUCUUUCGUAGGUUGUUGGAUGUGGAGUUUUCUCCUUCCUCAGAUUGCUCUCCCUGAUCCUUGGGACAUUCCAUAGAUGGGGCACACUUUGCCCACCCUGGUACUGUUCCCUUCCUGAGGGCUCGGAGCCAAUGGGAGACAGGAGAUCGCUUCCUUCUGUGCACUCAUUGGGUUCCAAUAAAUGAUCAAUAAGGAUUGAUUCACACAGCACGGAACCCAUAUGGUGCUUUGUUUUCGUAGUCAUAGAGUAAUACAGCACAGAAGCAGGCCCUUCAGCCUAACUGGUCCAUGCCGACAAUGGUGCCCACCAAGCUAGCCCCAUCUGCCUGCACUUCUCUUCCUCUUUGUGAUACUUUUGUCGUCCGAUAUGUAUUAGUUUGAAAGUUAAAUAUUGUAGGACCGAGAAAGGUAUGUGGGGUCUAGAAGGUCAAAAACUCUUUGUGCCUGUGUGUGGGGGUAUUACUGAAUCUGUGAUGAUGGGGAGCUGCGUAGGGGACAAGGGUGCGUGUUAAUGUUCUUGGGGAGGAUGGGAGGGUGGAUUUUCCCAGGGUGUGCAGAUGGCUGUGGGAACACUACAGCAGCCUGACAUCCAUCAAGAGCGUUAUUUGCAAUGGGCUAGACCCUCCCUGCAGAAGAUUAACGCUCCCUGUCCUAACUCCCCAGUUCCGAGUCCCUCUACGUUCCCUUAACUGGGGAGGAGAUCUCAUCGCAUGACCUCCAAUUGCCCCGCCCCCGUCAUUCUCCUUCCAUUCUGGGAUCACCCACCUCCCUGUGACCAAUUGUAAUGGAAACACUGCCUGAUUGGAUUACAGUGCAUCUUACAAACAAUUAAAAUGUUCAAAAAAAAUGAAUGCUAAUUCUACUUUAUUUAUUACCCCUAGUUUCUCUGGCCCAAACACAACGCUUGCAGUAACCUUGUCCUGGAGAGUCAUGCCUAAUUGAUGGAGUCCCUGGAAAGUUGACAUCCCAUCACCCAGGUGACUCUCCAGAACACUUGGGAUGUCCCUUUACUGAAUUAUUUUGGGGUAAUAUUUCCACUGUGUCUUUCACGUAUUAUAUUGCAUGCUUUGCUUCCAUUACCCAAUGCCUGUAGAGUAGGUUCUAAUUGUAUUCUUGGGUUGUAUCUACACCUUCCACUGCAAAUAUCGCGAAUGGUGUUAUUAUAUAUUUUUUAUCAAUAAUAGUAAGCUGUUUACCCACAUGGGACACUAUUUCUUUGGGAUGGUAUGCUUGUCUUUUGACAUAACCUCUUGUAAAUUAGAUUCAAGCGAUGUGCGCAGAGUAAAGCAGACUUUCACACUAAUGCGUGGUGACGUGACUAAUUAUUUUUCUCUGCUGUUGUACCUCUGUCCUCGACCCUCCUCCUCAUGGGGGUGACGGUGUGGGGCUGAUACAAGGGGCUGCCUGGCUUCUCACCCACCUGCAGUGCAGUCCAAAGGACCAUUCACCCGAAGCUCAGACUGGUUCCCCUCCCUCUCCAGGAUGUUCUGAGGGCUUGCCCUACCGCAUAGGCUUCUGUUCCGAAGAGUGUCACACAGCUUGGGGGAUGGUGUUUUCAUGUACAACAGCCAAUACCCGGGAGUAAGUUACAGGCUGGGAUCUAACCAAAGGGUUUGGGGUGUUCAUAUACAGAAUCAUAGAUACCUGGGAGUGAGUUAUAGACUGAGAUCUGUUUGAGGGGUCUAAAUGUUGAAUAACAAAUCCCCAGGAGUGGGUUACAAGCUGGAAUCUUAAUCGAGAGGUUCAGGGGGUUUAUAUAUCAAAUACGGAUACUUGGGAGUCAGUUACUGGUUGGGAUCUAAUCGAGGGAUUUGGGGGGUUUAUAUAUAGAAUAACAGAUCCCUGGGAGUGAGUUACAGGCUGGGAUCUAAUUGAGGGCGUGAUAUAGAAUAACAGAUAACGGGAAGUGAGUUAUAGACUGGAAUCUAAUCAAUGAGUUUGUACAUGGACUAACAGGUAAUGAUUAUUUCUGGGGUUAGGUGUGGUGUGCAGGGAGUGGCAGAUUUUGUGCACUCUUGGCCCUUGCCCAGAAGCAAAUAAUUUGUAGUGCAACACGAGGGUGUGUAAUAUGUGAAUUUGUGGAGGAGUAAAAUGGCAUCCUUUCAUCUUGAAUGUUCUACCACAGGGUGAGCCUGUCUUUCGUGAGUAUUUUGGAAUUGGUAGAAGAGUCGUAGAGAGACACGGCAUGGAAACAGGCCCUUCGGCCCACUGAGUCCAUGCUGACCAUUGACCACUCAUCUAUUGCCAAUUAUCCACUAAUCCUAUUUUACUCUCCCCACAUUCCCAUCAACUCCUGGAUUCUAUCACUCACCUAUACAGUAGAAGCAAUUCACAGCAGCCGAUUCUCCUGGAGCUGUACACCACAGAAACGGGCCCUAUUGGCCCAACUUGUCCAUGCCGACUGUAAUGUUAAUCCCAUUUUCCCCACUUAGGCCUUUCUCCCUCUACACCUUUCCUAUCCAAGAACCUGUUCAAAUGCCCUUUAACCGUUGUAUCUGCCUCCACCACUUCCUCUGGCAGCUUGUUCCAGAUAUUCAUCACCUUCUGUGUGAAAGACUUGCCCCUCUGAUCUCCUUUAAGUUUCUUCCCUCUCACCUUAAACCUGUGCCUUCUAGUUUUAGACUCCCCUACCCUGGGGAAAAGACUGACUAUGUAUUGCAUCUAUACCCCUAAUAAUUUUGUAAACCUCUGUGAGGUCACACCUCAACCUCGUAACCCGGGGACUGCCUGUAAUGAGCUGGGUGGCCAUGUUUGUGGUUCUGUCAGCUCUUAAAGCUGACUAAAAUCAGUCCCCACCCUGCCCUGCGUUGCUCGCUGAUCUAGGAAAUGGAAGUUCAGUGAGAAUAAGCUCAGCCUAUCCAAUGUCUCCUUAUAACCACAGCCCUCCGUUCCAGGCGACAUCCUGAAGAAUCCCUUCUGCACUCUCCCUAUCGCUACAACAUCCUUCCUGUAGUGUGGGGACCAGAACUGUACACAAUACUCCAGGUGCAGUCUAAUGUUGGCUAGGACAUCAUUAAUUGGCCAAGUAUUUACCCAUUAAUCCACAUCACUAAAGCAACUAAUCCUCUACUGCGAUUAGCAUUGCUGUUGGGACUUCUACUCAGGGAUGCAAUUCUUCGUAACACCAACAACAAGACUGGCGUGCACCUCUUAAAUUAGUCCCCAGACUCAUUGGAACACAGUGUCCAGUCCAUUGUGCAGUGUGCACUGCUACAUGUUAAUUCGGACACUGUACUGGGGAAUGCCUUGUCUCACUGAGGCAGUCACUGAGUAACUCGUGUGAUGAGGAGAUGAUUGGGGUUUGGGAUUGUACAAGUUAUAAAAUGAAACCAAUUUUAAAUACAGUACAGAUCGUCUCUGGGUUGUGGACCCCCUGUACAUACGAGCGAGUGUUUGGGAGACCGGCGGGAAGGAUGGGGACGGAUUUACCAGCUGCUGCGGGGCUGCAGGUACCUUCUGCUGGGUGGGAACGGGGCAUUUCCCCAUAAUCUCUCCCGAGCCUCAAAAGUCGGGGGUGGGUGGAGCCGAGCAGAGCCGGGAGCACUGAGCAGACUCACUCACUGAGUCAGUGAGGCCGCUCUUCCCGUGCCUUCUCGCUUCCCCCUCACCACUGUUUCUGUGACCCUCUCCCACACACUGUGUCCGUUUAUUUCCCACUUACGGACAGUUCGGGUCAGGGACAGAAUGCUGUCGUAACCCGGGGACUGCCUGUAAUGAGUUGGGUGGCUGUGUUUGUUGUUCUGUCAGCUCUUCAAGUCGACUGAAAUCAGUCCCCACCCUGCCCUGCCUUGCUCACUGGUCUAGGAAAUGGAAGUUCAACUGUUUACAACAGUUAAUUGUUGGGCAGUCAAAUUCAAAGCAGCCUGUGUGACUCAGCCCAGGACUGAUAUACUGGGGUCAUUAACCUCAGAUGAGCAACAAACAACCGGGCAAAUUUCAGGUUGCCUCUGAUCUCAGGAAGGUCUGUGUACUUCAUAAUAUUUUGAAACCAUCUACAUGAGGUAGAAGACGAAGCUAGUGUCAAAAAUCGAGGACUUCCAUAGGUUAGAUACAGAGUGAAGCUUCCUCACACUGUCCCAUCACACACUCCCAGGGCAGGGACCGCACGGGUUAGAUACAGAGUGAAGCUCCCUCUACACCGUCCCAUCACACACUCCCAGGGCAGGGACAACACAGGUUAGGUACAGAGAAAAGCCACACCAUGAUCUUUGGAACCAGCGGGCAGAGCUGCUGCCUCACAGCUCCAGUGACCCGGGUUUGAUCCUGACCUCUGGCGCUGUCUGUGUGGAAUUUGUGCAUUCUCCCUGUAACCGUGUGGGUUUCCCCCGGGUGCUCCGGUUUCCUCCCACAUCCCAACGAUGUGCGGGUCGGUGGGUUAAUUGCCUGUUGGAAAUUGUCCUUAGUGUGUGGGUGGUUGGUAGUAUAUGGGGGGAGUUGAUAGGAUUGUGGGGAGAAUAAAAUGACAUUGCUGUAGGGUGAUUAUAAAUGGGGGCCUUAUGGUUGGCAUGGACUUGAUGGGCCAAAGGGCUUGUUUCCGUGCUAUGACUGUGGAAUGUGUCCAUGGAAUGUUUCAAGCUGACAGCUGCCCGUGUGUUCUUCCAACGAAAGGUCUGAUCUGGAAACGUGGACAGACAAUGGGCUUAUUCACCAAGCAGUUUCCCAACACUCCCCCCCACACCAACCUGCGACCCCCGCCCCCCCCCCCCGAGGGGUACAUGGUCUUUAAGCUGUGCACACGGACAAUGCAAUGGAAUACAAAUCAUUACAUCCUCCUCUUGGUCUCAGUCCAGGCGGAGGGCUUCGCUCUGUUCCUCACAAACCCCUCACUGCCACCCCCAAGAACGUGACCCAGUAACUACUUGUUGGGA